AUGGUUUCGAUCGAGCAACUCAUGCAGCAACUCCAGCAGUUACAACUCGAGAAUCAACGACUCCAGCAGGUCUUACAACAAUCAUCGUCUACAUCUCGUCCUCCAGAACCAAAAGUCAGCUUACCAGCCAAGUUUGAUGGCAAACGCUCUCAAUUUCGGGGUUUUGUGAAUCAAGUCAAGUUGGUGUUUCGUCUCCAUUCUCAUUGGUACCUGACAGUGGCUUUACAAGUGGGUCUCGUGGGAACUCUCCUCACCGGGUCAGCUUUGAAGUGGUUUGCUCCUCUACUUGAGAAGGAUUCAACGUUACUUGAUUCAUGGAAUGCUUUUUACCAAGAGUUUGAAGCGGCUUUUGGUGACAUGGAUCGCGAGCGCACGGCGUCAAACAAGCUUCGAUGA